AAGUCAGUCAAAACCAAACCGAACUAUUGGAGCUACAUCUCCGUACGGGUGUACAGUCAACAAUGUUUAGUUAUAAAACACGUUUGUGUAACGUGAUUGUGUGAUACUGUGCCUCCAGGAUCCAGGAUGGGACCUCCGGGACGAACUCCUCCCCUCUCCCAGCGCGUGGGAGGGAAGAGCGGAAGGGGGGGCGUCGCGGGCCGGGCCCGGCCCCCUCAAAGCUCUAUCGAGGAUAGUGGAGCGUCUCCGGCCCGGUUCGGCUGUAUACCAGUCAUGCAUCCCCUAGGGAGGUCGUGGCUACUCCUCAGCGGCUUCGUCCUCUUUUACGUCAUCUACCUACUCUUCGGCGGCCUGGUCUUCUCUAGCCUGGAGCGGCCCGUCGAAGAGCAGCUCCGCCGGGAGGUGGACGCUCUGAAGCGGCGUUUCCUCAACCAGAGUUGCGUGACCGCUGCCUCCUUGGACCACUUCGUGAGCCAGGUGCUGGCCGCCAACAGGUACGGCGUGGCGGCAUCCGGGAACGCCUCCAGCGACCCGUCCAACUGGGACUUGACCUCGGCCAUGUUCUUCGCCAACACGCUUGUCACCACUGUGGGUUACGGUCACACAACGCCGCUUUCGACGGCGGGCAAGAUCUUCUCCAUCGUGUACGCUUUGCUGGGCGUUCCUUUCACCAUGCUGGUCCUGACUGCGUGCGUGCAGAGGCUUAUGUAUCCUCUGGUGGCGGCGCCUUUGGGCCAACUCCAGCGCUGCGGCCUGGAAGCCCGCCCGGCAGCCGGCGUGCACUUCUUGUCACUGCUGGCGCUGGUGCUGCUGUGUCUGUUUGCAGCGCCGGCGGCCGUCUUCAGCAUCGUAGAGGACGGCUGGUCCUUCCUGGAUGGGUUCUACUUCUGUUUUAUCUCCCUGUGCACCAUUGGACUCGGGGACUUGGUGCCCGCCGCUAGGCCUCAGCAGGAGUUCAAGCAGGUCUACCAGGUCGCCGUUAUGGUGUACCUGUUCCUGGGCCUGAUGAUGAUGUACCUGCUUCUGCGUGCUUUCCACAAAAUGGCCGACCUGCACGGCCUCACCACUUACCUGCAGCUGCCACGCUGCGAGGUGUCCGACCCCAACGAGGACCGUCGGCCCAUCGUGGAGAACGGCGGCGGACAAAAGCGCCCUUCGUACAACUCCGUGGGUGACCGGUGACGUGAAUUUUCAGCCCAAGAACUGAAAAGAAACAUCAGUCGGUUUCUGAUGAACUUUAAAUGGAUGCGUCACAGCCUAAGGAUGCCAAAGUAUGUUUUUCGGGUAUGUUUUCAUAGCGUCUAACUGCUCCCUCGAACAGUUUAUCAAUCCCCGGCAGUUAUCGGAAAUAGACAUCCAAGCAAUUUUGUCAAAACCGAUUGAAAGUUUAUUGCUGUCAAUGUGUUUUUCAUAGUGGUUUAGGGCCAAAUAUGUGAUGUGAAUGCUUGAGAUGCACUUUAUUGAUUAUGUUUUAACCAAGAUUCUGUACAGUAACUUGUUCAGUAAUAAAGAUGUUGAAUUAAGGGAUUGAGUUGGAGAGGGGGGAGGGAAAAAAAGCCCAGACAACACUUGUAUCAUAACAAUUUAACAAAAAUAUUAGUACAAGUGAAAAAUGUUACAAAUCUCUUUGAAGAAGUUACAACACGGGCAUUGUGCCCUCCAUUUUAAAAAACAAGCACAAAAUAAAAACAUUUGAGUCUUAUUGGAACACUGUCAGAAGAAAUGUAACUUUGCUCAGUAAGGCGUAUUUCAAAACGUCCAAGAAAAAAAAAAAGUGCGUUUACUCCGACAAGGAAACAAAAGUUUCAUGAAUACAAAACAGACCAAAAGUAAGACAAAAAUAUCUUCAUACAAACUGCUUUGAUAAAUACGAGGCAAAACUUUUCUUCACGGAAGAUUCCACGUAACAUUUUAGUGUUUCGACAGUUCCGUCUGAUUAUUUCCAUGGAUGUCUAGUGCCGUCAAAUCUUUUGACUGGGCGGAGUGAAUGAACGAACAGUCUCCUGGACGUCUAGCGUGUAAUGGCAGCCAAUGUCAAUUUAUGGAAAAAAGCUGAACAGCAGAAAUGUUGUAAAUAGUAAUAUUCCAAAGUUACUGUGAUUAAUGUAAAAACGGCUCACUUUUAAAGCAACUCUGGUUCGUCCAUUACUGUCAACGGCAGCAAAUGAGUUGAAACACGUUUUCCGCAUUUAUAGCAAUGUCUUUUCUAGUAAGACAAUUUAAAGGACUAAUACAACUUACUUGCACUUUCAGCAUUUUAUGCCGUUGUCUUACUAGUUUGCAAAGAAUCUGGAUAGAACGUUCCAACAUCUCCCGUUCAAACCCGUCAGGAUUCGACCAGCAUAGUCACCAAGUGCUCCAGAUCCAAGCCGUCCCUGAGGGACGUCGUCGGCGAGCUGAAAGAAGAAAAGGACGGCAGGCCCUUUGCGCCGUGAUACGGGAUUUCCUCGGCCCGUAGGCUGAGGGCGGCCGCGUCACUCUCCAACUGGGAUGUGUCUAUGUCCUGGAACAUGUCUUCGGCCGUGACGUCCUUGAGGUAGCUGGAACGCGCCGCCUCCACGCCGGCCUCCCACUCCAUCAGGUCCUGGCCGUGCGUGCCUCGGACCUGCUGCUUCAGCCACGACAUGCCGGUGUCCGGGCAGGAUUGGAGGUUCUCCAGGGACCGCAGCGCCGCUCGCGGCGACGCAUCAGAGUCCAACCCGCUGAGAAUAGACGAGACGGCGGGCGUGAUGCCAAAAUCUGGGUCUGUUGACAGCGACGUCCAGUCCUCGGCUUCUGCCAUACGUUGAUGCUUGGCAGGAGACGGCGAGCUGUUCUCCGGCGGCGACGCCAAACACGCUUCUACCUGUCGUAGCGUGUUGCUAAUAAGGACUGACCUCCGUAGGCUGGGCUCGGGCAGCUCCUGGUCCCGACGGUAUUUGCGCAAGGAGACGCUGAACACAAAUUGCCGUUGUUUCUCCCACGCUACUGCACCACUGCAUGGGGAAUCCUCUGAAGACUGAUCCGGCUGGAGCUUGCGCUUGUGUGUCUUCAUGAUCAUUUUUAACCCUGCCGGAAGAAAAAAAAAUGUAAGUACAAAUUCUGAGAAUUUCAACCUUUUAACUGCGGUAAUCGAUUGUUUAGAGCAGGGAUUUCAAACUCAGAUUCAUUCGCGGGGCUCAUUCAUGGCAACUCGAUCUCAUGUGGACUGCACCUGUUUAUUUUCGGCCGAAUAAUAAAUGCAUCAAAACGGAUUGGAUGUCUACCGCCACCAAUGCCACUGAAAAUGAGCAUCCACAUGUGGUCCUCCCAGUUUAAGUGAAUUGGACAUUACCAUUGUCAAAUGGCAGGCUAAGAGUUAAUGUGUCACUUCCUUGUUUUGACCAAUUCAACCACUAAUGUAGUGACAGUACAUCCUAAUAAAUCACCCAUUCAAAUGAAAUAAAUUGUUAAAACACAAACUAUGAGAGCUUCAGCUAUCGAAUAUUUUAGUAAUCGACUGAAAAUUCUAUCGAUUCAUCGAGUAAUCGGAUAAAACCUUUUUAGGUGAAGAGCAAUUAUAAAUAUACAUUAGAAAACAAGACAUUUCAUGUAGAACCAUUUUCAGUCAAUCAAUGUCUUUAUUUUCAAUGUAUAUUGUUGAAAACAGCCAAAGAUUGCAUCUCAGAUGUAACUAGGAUUUAAAAAAAAAAAGACAUUCACUGCUUUCACUCAGAAAACCUUUAGAUCUUAUUAAAAUAUAUAUACUUAAAAGUUAGGAUUUUUUCCCCACGUGUUUCAAUUGAAUUUCUAUUUGUGUCAAGCCAUUUAGUCGAAGUCCUGAUAGGAUUUUGAGUUUUUGCAGUGUUCAAAAUAAAUGUAUGAUACAGGCUGUAUUGGAGCACAUUAGGGACCAGUGCUACUUAGUGUUUUAUCCAGCAAUGACUACUGAGCUAAAAUUGAUAGUUAGCAUUAUUGAGUUUUUAUUUUACACCCUCAUCACUCCACAACGUUAUGUUAUGUUAAAGCCUGUAUGUAAGACACGUUAGCCACGCAUCGAAAGUGGUCAUAAUUAAUAGAAACCUAGCCCUCCGCAGGGCUAACGUUACUUGAGCUAAUGACAGUAACAUUAAUCUCAUUUAUUAGCGCUUUACUGCUUUAAGAUGGCGGCUGUUUACAAACACUGCCCAGACGCGGCCAAGUCUGUCAUUUUGCAUCUAGUUCAACAUACAUGUGAUCUCUAUAAGACUCAUCAGACACUACCUGCUACCAACGUAGCAUCGUGCGGUCUAGUAUUUAGCAACGUCGGCGUCGUUUGUAGCGGCUGUCGGUUGCAGUUAUUUUUUUUUUUUUUUUUUUUUUUUGCUUCUUCCUCUACGCACGUGACAUCAGCGCGUUGUCCCGCAUUAAAAGUAGUCCGAGCAAAACAUGAUGCUUAGAGCUGUCAAAAUAAACGAUUACUCGAGGUGAAUAAAAUUACUCGGAUCAGUUUUUAAACUAGAGUUGCUCGAGUAUUCGUUUCAGCUCUAAACUAUACUAAAAAUAUUUUUUUUAAAGAAACAAUGCAGAACGAGUCAUUUGAAAGCUAGCCAAGUGCAGAAUAUGAAAUAGAUGAGAAACCCAAUGCCGUUUUUGUUCUCUGCAAACUAGUCCAUCAAAAGUGUUGAUACAGCAUUUGUUCCAAAACAACUGUCAUCUUGUUCCGCAAAGUUUACGGUAAAAAUUUGAAGCCAAAUUAUUCAUUGCCAAUCACAUUUUUCAUCAAGGGUGUCAUUUUAAAUCUUUGUGUACAAGCUGAAGUAUGUGAGAUUAACUCCAGAAAUCGUUUUUGUUGAACAAGACGUGCUUUUAUUUUCAAAUGUUCACCGGAAGUAUGUUCAUUACGCCGCUAACAGUAAGCUUUACACUGCAUAAAAAAAGUGCACUUUUUUCGUCAUGCAUGUGUUGUCAGUAAUAGAUUUUUUUUCCACUUGCAAAUGCUUUUAAACAGCGAUUUUUCAUGUUUGAUGUGUCACCGCAAGUUUGCAUUUUGGAGAAGACUGCCAAUGUUCUAUAGCAGGCUAAAGUUAGUAUGUUGUCUUUGUUUCCCUAUUAGCCUCAAUGUAGCAAUGCUAAAGUUUUACAAUGUGUGAUAUGUAGUUUCCUUUUUUUGUACGCCUGAACUUUAAUUCUACGACGUGUUAUCAAUAAACAUCUGUGAAAGGAACUGGAGUGUCAUAUGCUAUCAA